ACACGGGCAGUGCUAUUUGUCUAUCAGAAUUCUGCAUAGCAUGAGAAUCAGUCCCAAAGGCUCCUUUUGCUUCUUAGCACAGGAUUGCCGUUUUCUGUCCACCCUGCUUUGUCGAUGCGAUGUCGGCAUAGGAUUGGGCGGGCAUCAUGAUGAUAAGUUAUCGCUGCCGAGAUAACUCAUGUAUCCGUCCAGGUAUUUAAUUUCUUAUGGAUGACACUAUGUGUUUAUACCACACCUCUUGUUCUUCUUCUCGCCCCACCAUCCUGCCAUGGCUACAAGUCACUACCAGGGACACUGCCGGACAAGUGCUCUGGAGGAUGACAAUCGCGAUGAUGCGGUCAUUAUGUCAAGGACCGCUAGUGUGACGCCAUUGGCAGUCAACAUUCCUUCGACACCACCACGCGUUAAACAACUAUUUGGGCUGGUAACGCCCCCGGACUCUCGCCCACGACCCAACCUCUUUGGAAUCCGUCCAACCUCUCCACCUCGUACCCCUGUACGACGUUCUGAUGUCCCAAAGGACACAGAGUCGCUGACCGUCUCAGAAAACUCAUCUGAACGGUCUAGCAAUCAGUCAACUACUAACCCUCGUUGGCCUCCGCCAGGGCUUUUGACGCCUGAUAACACGCCUCCGCGUCUUAGUAAACCACGAUUCGUACCUGUCAGUCAUAAGCAAGAGACGACCAAAUCGGAGUUCAGUCUCUCUCUUCAAACCACAUCGGCUGUGGUGGAGAUUUCGGAAAUUUUUAAACAUCACGCGGAAAUCAUUCAGGACACCAGAAAAUCGGAGCCAGUUACGACACAAUGCAAUGGCAUAAAACCGAUUAGAGCCCCUGAUUCUUAUCGCAUCCCUCAUAUUGACCAGUAUGCCGGCCUUCCUCCUUCUAAUUCAUCCGUGAAUGUGAGGGCUUCGCAGCGCCGUCAAUCCCAAGAUAUUGCUGCGAGACCAAUAACUUACGUAAAUUCGCAAUACCAUGGACUCACACUACGUUGCGAUCAAUGCCAACGUUCAGUCGAAUCUCCAACUCAAUACUGCUUUCAGCAUGGACCUAAAAGUCCUGAUACCCCUACCGUACUCACUGCACCGAAUCUUCGCAAUGCCGUGGACUCACACUACGUGGCGUUCAAUGCUCACGCUCAGUCAAACUUCCAGCUCAAUACUGCUUUCAGCAUGAUUCCCAAGAUCCUAAUACCCCUGUCAUAGUCACCGCACCGAAGUCUUCGCAAUGCCGUGGACUCACACUACGUGGCGUCCAAUGCUCACGUUCAGUCAAACUUCCAGCUCAAUACUGCUUUCAACAUGGAUCCCAAGAUCCUAAUACCCCUGUCAUAGUCACUGCACCGAAGUCUUCGCAAUGCCGUGGACUCACACUACGUGGCGUUCAAUGCUCACGCUCAGUCAAACUUCCGGCUCAAUACUGCUUUCAACAUGAUUCCCAAUAUCCU